UAUUUAUGAAAACAUUAUUUGACAAUUAUCUUACUUGCAAACUUACAGUCUUUAAUGUCCCAGUUUUCAGCAAUUCUUCAGAGGCUGUGAAACAAUAAGAAAAUAAUGAUAAUUAAAGGUUAACCCCCCAAAAAAAUUAUUUGUAGCCUAUCGUAAUGGCUGGAAAUGGCUACUCGGUAAAUGUGGCAGACGAUCUCACCAUCACUCUUGUACAUCCUUAUUUAUGUGCUUGAUAAAAAAAAUAUUUCUAGAACUACAUCUCUUGUCUGUUAGUCUUGUAAAAACUUUUAAGAUUAAUGACCCUUGAUUGUAAAUACUCAAGAAGCCAUAUUGUGGAUGUGCUUAUCAGGCAAGGCCUGUGAACUACAUCACCGGUAGUUCUGAAUUUGGAUUGUUAUUGUCUAACAUAAGAGGCCCGCGCUUUACCCCUCACUACAAAACAGUAGCCUACUGUCCGAACACAUGGCAGCCGAGGGCAUUUUUUUUAUUAUCAUUUCGUUCAUAUUAUAAUAUAGGCUACUGAAUUACAAUAUCCAGUAGUAUUUUUUUUUUUACCAAUUCAGACAAAUAUUGCUUUCUUUUGCCACCAGGCCUCGAAUUUCGAUUGGCUGAGAUGAGUCAUGUGACCAGGAAUUGGCUGCAAUUUCUCCCAUAGUCUUCAGUUUAGUAGACCCUGGUCCCCAUACGCUAGUAAUAUCACCAAUAUACACAAUUAUUAAAGCCCGCAAAUGCCGUCAUAGCAGGAACGCAAAAUAAAUCCUAGUUUUUUGGAUGUUAUUUUUUGCGUAUGUUGGUGUCGCUGGACGCCCUUUUUGCCCAGGCGAAGCGAUGAAUUUUGAAUUUGAGAGGGAGAUUGGGUUCAUCAACAGCCAGCCUUCCCUUGCAGAGUGCCUGACGUCUUUCCCCGCUGUCCUGGAGUCAUUUCAAACUUCAUCAAUCAAGGACUCGACAGCAAUUCCACCUCCUUUCGAGCACACCAUCCCUAGUCUGAGUCCCUGCACAGGCAACCAGGCGCGACCGAGGAGCCAAAAGCGAACUUCCUCCAAUGGCCUCCAGCUCCGGACACAAACAACACCGCCGACACAGCACCAGCAAGGCCCGGUGCCGCUGUCGGGCUGCGCGCCCCUGGCUCACGAGUUCCCAUGGAUGAAGGAGAAAAAAUCUUCGAAGAAGUGCCCCAAGCCCGGAGCCACUGCUGCUGCUGCUGCUGCUGCAGUAGCAGCCUCCCCAUCUCAGGCAUCCUCCGGAUACACAAUCGCUGGACUGGAGUCCCCGACAGAGGCUCAAGGUGGACUGGAUAACGGCAGCGGUUCACGGAGGCUGAGGACCGCAUACACCAACACGCAGCUACUUGAACUGGAGAAGGAGUUUCACUUUAACAAAUACCUCUGCCGGCCCCGGCGCGUUGAAAUAGCAGCACUUUUGGAUCUAACCGAGCGCCAAGUCAAAGUGUGGUUUCAGAAUCGACGCAUGAAACACAAAAGACAAACUACGCACCACCGGGACGGGCAAGAGGGCGAGCCCGGCGGUUCCGAGCUCCUGGAGGGAACCGACGAUGCUUCACCGUAUUCGAGCCAAUCACUGGAAGUAUCUGGCUCUGGUUCAGCAACAACCUCCGAGAGUGAGACGUGCACGACAACUGCCUCCUACACGAACAGUGCGGACAAAAGCCAGCCCACGCCUGAAGAGGGCCAGGCGAACCAGUCGGAGCCUGCAUCUGUUUCUGACACAGCGGUUCACUCCCCCCCGUAUUCAACGCCUACUACAGAUAACCCCGGCACAAUGGCUGAGGGCCGAGCGACUGGGCCGGAGCAUGCGUUCACAGAGCCGCAGGAUGCCACCUCUCUACCCGAUUUGAAUUUCUUUUCGACUGACUCCUGCCUACAGAUCUCGGACGCUUUAUCGCCGAGUUUGCAGAGCUCACUGGACAGUCCCGUUGACUUCUCCGAAGAAGAUUUUGACUUGUUUACGAGCACCCUUUGUACUAUAGAUUUGCAGCAUUUACAGUUCUGAACAAUUAUGACAUCAAAAUGCAUACAAGAACAAUCGAACUCUAUCUUAUUGCAGUGUCACGAAUGCUUUUCGACCGCAACAUUCCCAUAAUAAGACAUUUAUAAAAGUGAAAAGAGAUCUACCUAAACAGUUAAAAAAAUGGUAUGAAACAACGCCUAAAAGGAAAUAAAUUGUCCUUUAUUUUGAAAAUACGAUGAUGUAAUCUUUUUUGAAUACACAUCGGGAUGGCCCCUGUCGAAGUUUCAGGUAUUUUAUUGCCUUUUAAUUCUCGGAUCUUAGUUCAUGUCGACUAACAGAUGAAUGGUUGCGGACUUUUUCAGUGAAACUCAAUCAUUGGAAUCUCAGGAAUUGUGUCAGGCAUAAGGGUAGUUGAACUGCUUUUAAGAAUUCUCCCGAGGCGGGCGUUGUCCCUACUGAAUAAUUUUAGAACUGGUUUAUUUAUUGAGAUUCUUUAAUAGUAAAUUUCAAAUUUAUUUAUUGUACGUUAUUUUCAUAGUUGAAAUAAAAAAAAAUAA